CACGGGGAAUUUAAGAGAGACGACCCACACCCUACCAGUGCAACAAUAUAUGUUGUCCCCCUCCUCGUACAGUGAAAGAUGAGUGCUCCAGAUCUCCUCAGAACUGUGCUAUACACUGUUAAUAACUUUUUAAAGGAAGAGAAAUACAAAGCGGCUCUAGCCGUUUUGAAAGGAUUUCGAAAUGGCGCCGUGUAUGGUGCCAAAAUCAGAGCACCCCAUGCCCUUGUGAUGACAUUCCUAUUCAGAAAUGGAAGUUUGAACGACAAAAUGAGAGCCAUCGCAAAAGCCACAUAUACACACUCUCGCAACUUGGCCUACUUUGUAUUUACGUACAAAGGUCUGCAAGCCCUGCAAGAGAAGCUGCAGGGAAAGAGCUUGCAGUCCCAUUCCUUCCUGGCUGCUUGCGUAGGCGGAUGGCUUGUUUUCGGGGAGAACAAUAACAUAAAUAGCCAGAUCAACAUGUACCUGCUGUCCAGGAUUCUGUUUGCCUUGGCCAGACUGGCCGUAGAGAAAGGUUACAUUCCUCAGCCUAAGAAGGACCCGUUCCCCCUGUUCGCUACCCUAGUUUGGGGCACGGUCCUGUGGCUGUUUGAGACGUACCCACAUACACUCCAGCCCUCCCUGCAGUCCUCCAUGAACUACCUGUACAACGACAGCAACGUGUGGCAUGACAUCUCCGACUUCCUCGUUUACAACAAGCAGAGGACGCCGAAAUGAAUUGAGUGUACAGUGCACCGCUCUAAGUGACAGCGGGCUCGUUAGUGAACAUUGUGCAGUUAAUUGUGUACAAUCGACAUGUUCGACACCACGCCAUCGUUGCCUAUCUUCUAUGUUUGAGGAUGCUUCUCUAUGUAAUAGGUUAUAGAUAUUGCACAUUAACAAUUUGACAUUUCAACACUUAGAAAGCAAACUUAUGAGAAAUCAUUGAAGGGGGAAUUUUACACACUGCAUUUUAAAAUUGGACUGUAUCGGAGAACGGAAUUUGAUAUUGUAAUAAUAUGGACCGGCCGAUACAGAAGAGGGGCUAGCCUUUACAAUACAAUCAACCCUUGUUGGGUCAUGUGUUUUAACCUACACUUGUUUAGUUUAAGCUUGGGCUGAAAGGUGUAAUUUAACAUGGUGUACGCUACACCAGUGCCUGGUGUCGGACCAGACAUGGUGUGUGGUUGUCAGUUGAAUGUUUUGCGUGCUCCCAUGUUGGGGGCCCAGCCAUAACUCAGUACCCAUUUAGGCUUCAGCAAUAACUAGAUGAUAUUUGGGGUCACGUUGAGUAAAUUCUUUAAUUAUUAAGAUAAUUUGAAUUU